AUGACAGGUCAUUGUCCUUGUAAUCCAUUGAUGCUUAGUAGCCUCCAGUCUGAAGUGGAUGAUAUAAAAACUAAUCUGGAUGCCAAUAACUGUGCAAGUAGCCCUUGUCAGAAUGGAGGAACAUGUACCAAUACAUAUAGUGGUUUUUAUUGUCACUGCACCAGUAAUUGGGAGGGUCCAACCUGCUCUUCUGAUGUAAAUGAAUGCUCACUAAUCAGCGGAGGCCCAGAUGACUGUCAAAAUGGAGGUACUUGUUAUAACUCACAAGGAAGCUUCAGUUGCACGUGUGCGCCAAAUUGGUACGGCCCAAAAUGCACGAUUCAGUAUGAAGACUGUUCAACAGCCUCGAGUGCGGAACUUUGCGGGCAUGGAACUUGCAUUAACCAGAACCGAGUGGUUGAAGACCAGGCCAAGUAUGAAUGCAUAUGCUUCGAUGGAUGGCAGUCGGACAACACCGCCAACCCAGCCUGUACAGUCGACAUCAACGAAUGCCUAAAUAGGGUCUAUCCGUGCUCCAGUGACCCAUAUGUUCAGUGUAUUAAUUUAGACGGCACAUACUACUGUGGCACUUGCCCAACUGGCUACACUGGUAAUGGACAUCAAUGCUCUGACAUCAAUGAAUGUAAUACCAAUAACGGUGGCUGCUCUCAAAGCCCUUUUGUUACGUGUAUAAACACAGUAGGAUCUAGAACUUGUGGGCCAUGCCCUGUCGGAUACAUUGGAGAUGGUGUGACUUGCACGUAUGUCGGUGUGUGUUACCAGGACAAUGGAGGAUGUAGUCAAUACGCUACUUGUACUAAUAAUCCAGGUUUUCAAAUGACCUCUGGCUCUUCAUACAUAUGCAUAUGCAACCCUGGUUAUAGUGGAAAUAACUGUCAGAAUAACGUCAAUGAGUGUUCCAGCAACCCUUGUCAAAAUGGUGGUACUUGUAGCGAUGGUGUCGAUGGGUAUACAUGCUCUUGUGCCUCAGGGUAUGACGGACCUAAUUGUGAAGACACCACUUUCAGUUGUGGUAGCUUGUAUACAAGUCCGACAGGAGCAUUCCAAUUUCCAUCAACUGGCAGCCAAUAUCCUCAUCAAGUCAGCUGUGCCUGGGUUAUCCAGGUGGAUCGCAGCGAUGUUGUCGUGGUUAGCUUUCCGCAGUUUAGCAUUGAGCAUCAUCCAAACUGCGCAUACGACUUUCUACAGGUUCAUGACGGGCCUUCGGCCUCGGGUCACCUAAUUGGCAAAUACUGUAAUGGUAAUUUGCCACCUGAUGAGAUCACAACUUCUUCCUAUCAAAUCUAUAUGUGGUUCUACUCUGACUACAGUGUUGCUGAUGAUGGCUUCACUGUUUCCUGGACUAGUAAGGCACCUGUUUGUGGUGGUGACUUGGACGACCAGAACUUCGGGAGCAUCAAUUCACCUGGGUAUCCUGGGAAUUAUCCACACGAUCGUGAUUGUGUUUGGCGUGUGACGGUUGAUCUCACGAAUGUUAUUACAUUUGCAUUUGGAUAUCUUUCGCUUGAGCAUCAUGACAACUGUGAUUAUGACUAUCUUGAAGUUCGUGAUGGUCUUUCUGAAACAUCACCAUUACUGGGGAAGUAUUGCAGCGUUCAAAAUCCUCCACCGGUGUUCACCACCGGCCCUUAUGCAUGGAUCAAGUUCCACAGUGACAGUACAGAGAAUGACAGAGGUUUUCACAUCACUUACACUUCUACUACAUCAAGUGCAGCAUGCGGUGGAAGCUUGACUGCAGAUACUGCAGUAAUCAUCUCACCAAAUUAUCCAAAUGCUUACCCUCAUAACGCUGAGUGCGUGUGGGUCAUUGAAGUGCCGUCUACAGAGGUCAUAACCCUAAACAUCACCAACUUAGAACUGGAGACUCAUGGAAAUUGCAUCUUUGACUAUGUAGAAAUUCGAGAUGGUGCAGAUGAACUCGCACCGUUUAUGGGACGAUACUGUAACCCGGCUGCAAUACCACCACCAAUUGUUUCUUCACAGAACUUCAUGUUUGUCAAGUUUAAAUCUGAUUUUUCUGUAGCACCUGAGGGGGGUUUUAGGGCACGCUAUUUUAUUGCAUGUGGUGGUUUCUAUACUGAGGACGGAGGUGAAAUGAGGUCACCCUAUUUCCCGAAUCCCUACCCGAACAACAAGCAUUGCGACUACACAAUAAACGCGCCGGAUGGAAAGAUAAUUACCGUCACAUUCAUAACAUUUGAUAUCGAAUCGCAUCCAGAUUGUGUCUAUGACAGUUUAGCGAUUUAUGAUGGUGACAGUUAUAAUGCUGAUCUGAUUGUAAAUUUGUGUGGUUCCUACCUCCCUGCCCCGGUUUCCAGUACUGGCAACACAAUGCUUCUCCACUUCAUCACCGACGGAUCCGUAACGAACUAUGGAUUCAGAGCCCAGUAUACAUUCUCAGAUGAAAUACCAGGAGGAGAUGGCUGUGGAGGUAGGUACACUGAUUUGACGGGCAUAUUUAGUUCGCCAAGCCUAGGAAACCAGUAUCCGCACAGUGUCGAUUGUUUCUAUGUGAUCAAUGUAGAUGACGGAUUCAUCAUUCGCUUGACGUUUGAAACAUUUAGCUUGGAGUCUCACUCGAAUUGUUAUUACGAUUAUGUCGAAAUUUAUGAUAACAGCACGAAUGCAGUGAACCCGUUUUAUGGAAGUUCUGGUGUUGUUGAGAGUAAAAACUCAACAGUGGAAACAAAUAAUACUGCCAUUCCUGGAUUUUUUGGCAGAUUCUGUGGCACCACACCUCCACCAGCAUAUACCAGUUACGGCAAUUUGAUCACUGUUAUAUUCCACACAGACUCUAGCGUUGCACGAGAAGGCUUCACUGCUUCAUAUGUAGCACUUGAUGCUACAACUGCUUGUGGUAGACAGUACUACACAGACACCGGUGUAAUUACCUCGCCAGGAUUUCCUAAUUCUUAUCCUCACAACAGGGAGUGCACAUGGACCAUCACGGUGGAUGAGGGCAAACAGAUUCGAUUAAACUUUACAUCAUUCAAUAUUGAGUGGCAUUCUGACUGUAACUAUGACUAUCUCGAGAUUAGAAAUGGUGGCUAUCCAACAUCACCUCUGAUAGGGACCUUCUGUGGAUCUAGUAUCAACCCUUCAGUGAUAACAUCUCAUAGUAACCGCAUGUACCUAAAAUUCCAAUCCGACUACUCCCAGACAGCACCUGGAUUCCGUGUGGAAUGGGAUGGAACAGCUACAGGUUGUGGAGGUGAGAUGACAACACCAACUGGAUCUUUUUCAUCGCCAAAUUAUCCAUAUUCAUAUGGACACAAUGCAGAGUGUUUUUGGUUAAUCACAGUGAACCAGGGAAGCUCAAUAAGCCUGAUAUUUAUGAACUUUGAUAUUGAGUUCCACUCAUCAUGCGUAUAUGAUUAUGUCAAGGUAUAUGAUGGUGCCUCAGAAGCAGAUAAUGAACUUGGAACAUUUUGUGGUAGUAAUCACCCAUUGUUACCACUAUCUUCAUCUGGUAACCAGAUGAGAGUAAAGUUCAGGACGGACUUCUCAGUCAGUGGAGGUGGUUUCCAAGCUUCUUAUUCUGCUAACUGUAAUACAGUUCUAGAAGAAAGAAAUGGGAUCAUUGAGAGCCCUAACUAUCCAAACCCCUACCCACAUAACUCUGACUGUACCUGGACGAUUCGGGCCAGCCAAGGGAGCAAAAUCAACCUUACAUUCACCAACUUCCAUCUCGAAGAUCAUAAUACAUGUGGUUAUGAUUAUAUUGAGGUUCAUGAUGGUGAAGAUGAGAACGCACCAGUACUCAUUACGAUUUGUGGACAGCUGUUUUUACCAGAAGGAUACAGUCUGCAAAGCACCGGUUCAACUCUCUUGAUCCACUUCGUAAGUGAUAACUCAGUUGCAGAAUUUGGUUUCCGAGCAGUGUAUGCAGUUGAUGGAUGUGGCGGUGUAAUAAAUAGUAACAGCGGCAUUAUCACCAGUCCUGGGUAUCCUGUAGGGUACCCGCAUGCAGUAGAGUGUAUUUGGAUUGUCACUAGUGAAAUUGGAAGCUCUAUCACUUUAACUAUAAAUGAUUUCGAUUUGGAAUCAUCUGCUGGAUGUCAAUACGAUAGCUUGAAAGUGUAUUCUGGCAUAGACGACAGUCUGAAUCCUCUGACAAAUUUGUGUCAUUCGCAAGACAAGCCAAUUGUAGUGACAACCACCAGUAAUGAGAUGUAUGUGAGGUUCCUAACAGAUAAUAGUGUUAAUGGUCGUGGCUUUAAUUCAAGCUUUUUGGCUAAUCCUAAUGGCUGUGGCGGAAAUCAGACUGCAUCAAACGGCCACAUUGAGUCCAAAAACUAUCCACAACCCUACCCACAUAAUUACGAAUGUACCUGGCUAAUCACCGUAGCAGAUGACCACCGUGUUAAGCUCACUUUCCUCGCGUUUGACAUUGAAAGUGCAGAUAACUGCCAGUAUGAUUAUCUGAAGUUAUUUGAUGGACAAGAUGAUAAUGCCGUUAUGAUUGCGAAUCUCUGUGGAUCUAAUCUGGAUACUGAUGUUUAUUAUUCAACUUCGAAUUAUAUGUUCAUCCGUAUGCUUAGCGACAGCAGCGUAGCAAACACAGGAUUCAAUGCCAAUUAUGAUACAGCCUGCGGGGGCCGCCGUGAUGCAGCCCAAGAUGGUGUGGUAACUUCUUCAAAUUAUCCUAAUGAUUACUAUGCGUAUCAGAACUGUACAUGGGUCAUCGAAUCUGUAAAUCCAGGAGACCGUAUUACACUCACUUUCACUCACAUGGACAUUGAAGAAAGUACAGAUGGUAACUGCAUGCAUGACAGUGUGAAAGUCCUAAAUGGUAAUGAUGAGUAUGCGCCAGAAGUAGGCACGUACUGUGGUACCACUGUCCCGGCAUCAAUCACUUCAAACGGUGCAGCUAUGACUCUGUUGUUUGUCUCUGAUGGAUCAGCUCAGCAGACUGGAUUUAGAGCAGUUUAUACUACUUCAACAUCAGCUUGUGGGGGUGAUUACACAGCACUUUCAGGUGCUUUCAACAGUCCAAGUUACCCUAACAGCUAUCCUCUUAGUACUGAAUGCAUUUGGACAAUUCAGUCUUCCCAUGGUAUAGGAGUACAGGUUUCUUUCAGCCUUUUUGACCUUGAAUCAAGUACCAACUGUCAAAAUGAUUAUAUAGAAUUUCGUGACUCAGAUGAAACAGGCCCAUUGAUUGGUCGGUUCUGUGGUAAUUCAAUUCCAACUAAUGCCUCAUCUACACAAAAUCUUUGGAUUAAGUUUGUCUCUGACGGAUCAGGAACGGGUACCGGAUUCAUGGCUAAUUAUGCACAAAGGACUACAAACGAUUACAUCGGACCCUCUGGCCAGUUUUCCAGCCCCUUCUAUCCAUCAAACUACCCUGAUUCCGUUUCAUUAAGAUGGACUAUUACUGUAUCGCCUAGUGCUGUAAUGCAGCUAAGAUUUAUAGAUUUUGUACUUGAGGAUUACCUGGGCAUUUGUUACGAUUAUGUACAGAUAUUUGAUGGCUUAGACGAAAACUCUGCUCAAUUAUUAGAAGCUUGUGGUUCGACCAUACCUAACACAGUCUAUACAACAGGCAGUGUUGCUUCGGUGUACUUUGUAUCAGAUUAUACCAUUAAUGAACGAGGUUUCUUGCUUGAAUGGCAAGAAACAGGUUUUACACCUAGUACUCAAGCCAUGUGUAACUUUGAUCUGCUGUCUGCAGAUUCCAGCCAGACCUUGCAAUCUCCUGGAUAUCCUAAUGGAUAUGCAAAUAAUCUGCAUUGUACCUGGCUAAUCCAUGCACCAGUUGGAUCCACCGUGUACCUCAAUUUCACAGCAAUGCAUGUGGAAACACAUGCAAGUUGUGUUUGGGAUUAUGUUAUGGUGUAUGAUGGUGAUUCUGAAAAUGCACCCCAAUUGGCCAAACUUUGUGGACGGGAUGUCGGAAACCCUAUCAUCUCAUCGGACAAUACUCUGUUAAUUGUUUUUCUGACAGAUGCAUAUGUAAAUGAUACUGGAUUUGAAGCUACUUACAAAACACAUUGUGGUGGGAGACUCCGUGCUGAUCAAGGCGUUCUGAAAUCACCGGGAUAUCCAAGCAACUAUCAGAACGGCUUAGAUUGUCAGUGGCAUAUUGUUGUUAGCCCAGGCCGCACGAUACAGACCUCGUUCAACGACUUCCAGCUGCAAAGCUCCUCAAACUGUGCCAACGAUUUUGUACAAUUCUUCAAUGGUGAGUCGGUUAAUUCUCCAGCCUUGGGGAGCAGUAAUAAAUACUGUGGAAGUAGUGUUCCGACUUUACCAGUAACUGGGAGUAAUAUGUUAGUAGUAAGAAUGGUAACCGAUGCCAGCGUGAAUGCCAGAGGUUUUAGCAUGACCUUCAGUGCACAACAAACAGGCUGCGGUGACAGCUUUACUUUGAGUAACGUCCCAAGUGGUCAGUUUAUGUCACCAAACUUUCCAAAUAAUUAUCCAGAUAACACAGAAUGUGCUUGGACGUUUAGUUCCCCGGUGGGUGAAGCUAUUCAGCUGGACUUUGUUGAAUUCGACCUUCAGACAUCUUCAACGUGUGAUAAUGACUAUCUGGAUGUGUAUGAUGGGCCAACUGAGAACUCCAAUAGACUAGCAAAACUUUGUGGGACUCAAAUUCCAAGCACAAUUGUGUCUUCUGGUAAUGCAAUGUAUGCUGUAUUUCGCUCGGACUACACGCAAACAUUAUCCGGAUUCAAGGCCAACUAUGCCAUUGCAACCUGUGGUGGAACAGUUGCAGGUACUGGCGGAAAUGUCACUUCGCCCAACUUUCCAGCUGUUUAUGACAAUGACCUGAAUUGUGAGUGGAUAUUCCGUGGUACUACUGGCCACUACCUCACUGUCAGUUUCUCUGUUUUCAACCUUGGUGCCAAUACUGAUAACUGUGCAACUGGAGAUAAAAUUGAGGUUUAUGAUGGCAAAAAUGACUCAUAUCCGCUUGUUGCAACCCACUGUGGAACAUCGUUGCCCGCAGCCGUUGACACCUCCGACAGUUUUGCCUUUGUGCGAUUCACCUCUGAUGCAACUCAGCAGUCAUCUGGCUUUAUAAUGGGUUUUGAUUCCAGUUUAGAAGACUGUGGUGGAGAUUUGGUUACCAAUACGGGUGCGUUUACAUCUCCUAACUAUCCUGGAUUGUAUGCGCAUGCACGUGUUUGUGAGUGGAGAAUCACCGUGCAGAGCGGACACCGAAUUACAUUGGAUUUUACAGAUUUUGACUUGGAAGAUAAUGGUUGUCAUUAUGAUUAUGUAAAGGUGUACAAUGGGCUGGAUGAUCAAGCGCCAUUGCUUGGUACGUACUGCGGAGCCACGGCACCUCAGGAUAUUGCAUCAUCUGGUAACCGCAUGCGGGUAGUGUUCAGGACUGACUAUAGUGAAAAUGCUCGUGGAUUUUCGGCAACCUAUGAUUCUCAAGAUGCAUCAGUUUGCGGCGGCAGUCUGGUAGCAUCCCAAUCCAACGAAGCCACAUUCUUCAGUCCAGGCUAUCAAUUAACAAACUACAGUUCGAAUCUUGACUGCGAAUGGACCAUCAGUAAUCCUGACAUUGUAAACUCGAGCUUGUAUCUUCGGUUUGAUGUUGGUUGGAAUAUUGAAGAUCAUCGUGAUUGUAGUUAUGACUACUUGGAAAUCAGAGCCGGUACUGAUGUAACCGGAACUUUGAUUGGUCGUUAUUGUGGUCCAACGGCACCAGAAAAAAUUGUAAUUGGUCAUCCAUCGAUGUAUGCAAGAUUUGUGACGGACACUAACACUGAGAAGGAUGGAUUCAAAGCCUUCUAUGGUGCUUCAGUUUGUGGCGGGUUGUUGUCAGGUACAGACGGUGUCAUUACAAGUCCAAAUUACCCAAGUGAUUACAACUAUAAUGAUGGUUGUGUCUGGGUGAUCGAAGGGCCUGUCGGAUCAACGCUUACGUUAACAUUUACUUCAUUCGAUAUUGAAACACAUCCUAACUGUCAGUACGACUAUCUUGCUAUUUACAAUGGUGGGACAUUUGAUGCACCGAUGACCUCGGGCCAGUAUCCGCUGUGUGGCCAGAAUGCACCAUCCGCUGUCACAACAUCCUCCAAUAAGGCUGUCGUUAAGUUUAUGUCAGAUGACAUUCAAAAUAACUCAGGAUUUAGAUUAGAAUGGACAACUAUAACAUCAGGUUGUGGAGGAAAUUACCAUGGAAAUACUGGAACUAUUAAAAGCAGUAAUUAUCCCAGUAAUUACAAUUCUAACGAAGAAUGUAUUUGGACCAUCACUGUUGAGCAUGGCUAUCAUGUCCGCUUUAAUUUUGACAGUAACUUUGACAUUAAAAGUACAGUUGGCUCAUGCACAGGUGAUGUCUUAUCUGCUUUUGAUGGUGAUUCCACAUCCAGUGCACCUCUUGGGAAUUUCUGUGGAAGCUCUGCACCAUCAACAGUCAUUUCAAGCAACAACAAACUGACUUUCAGAAUGCGUUCAGAUGGCAGUAACGAAGGUGUUGGGUUCCAGGGAUCAUGGACUGUAGAAUGUGGUUUAACAUUCAAUGCUACAAAUGGAACUAUUACAUCGCCUGGGUAUCCAAACCGCUAUGAUAGUGAUCUUUCAUGUGAUUACCUCAUUAACUACGAUUCCACACAGCGACUUCGUCUACGAUUUAAAGAUCCAUUUGGAAUUGAGGGCGGAACAAGUUGUCCCUAUGAUGGGUUAUCACUCUAUGAGGGAACUAGCAGUGCAGGCAGCUUGAUUGGUACAUACUGUGGUGAUUCAGUACCGGACAUGGUUGAAAGAGAAGGAUCAAUGUUUAUGAACUUUUAUAGUGAUGGAUCGGAUAAUGACAUUGGGUUUUCACUGAUAUUUGAACAAGGUUGUGGUGGUAACUACACAAGUUCAUCUGGUGAAGUUUCAACACCACAAGACUUUGAAUCCUACAGGCACAAUGAGAAUUGUACCUGGCUUAUCACAGUCAGUAACAACAGAGUAAUUGAGAUAAUCUUUUCAAUGUUUGAUAUUGAAGUACAUCCAUCCUGCAAUUAUGAUUCCCUGACCAUUUACGAUGGGGACUCCUUGAAUGCUAAUGUACUAGCUGGACCAUUAUGCGGACAGGAAAUCCCUCAACCCAUCAAGAGCACCUCCAACACUAUGCUACUCAACUUCGUGUCUGAUUAUUCUGUGGCCAAUGCAGGCUUCCGAGCUGGUUACUUUGAAACGUUCAGCGAAGCACAAGGAUGUGGUGGAAGUCGAACAACCCCAACAGGUAGUUUUACAGACGUUGACAUAGAUAGUGAUGGACAAUACGAAAACAACCUGGACUGUACAUGGCUCAUAUCGGUUGAUGCCAGUAAGGUGGUUAAGAUUUCCUUUGGCAGCUCUAUUGGCAUUGAGGCUGGAAUCGGGGGUCAAUGUAACUAUGAUUACAUUCUGAUACGAGAUGGAUUCAGUCCUUAUGCUCCACUGGUUGGUAAAUUCUGUGGAACCAUUGUACCAUCUGAUUUCAUUGCAUCAUCCAAUCAACUUUACGUUAAAUUCCAUUCGGAUUCCGGCAUAACUGGAACAGGAUUCACAAUUAACUAUGAAAGUGUUGAUCCUGUAUGCGGUGGCAUCUUUAAUGCUACUGAUAUCCCACAGAACAUUACCUCCCCGAACUAUCCAAAUAAUUAUGACCACAACCUGCGUUGUCGCUGGACGGUAGUUGCCCCUGAUGAAGAGGAAGUGCGUAUCAAGGUGGAUGUACUUGACAUUGAAAGCCAUGACAACUGUAUCUAUGACUACCUCGAAUUAAGAGACUUUCCAUUGAGGUCAGAUGGACAGUCUUUGAAGUACUGUGGAUCAACACUGCCCCCAGUAUUCAACUCAGUUGGUGGCUCGGCACAGAUUAACAUGAUCACAGACAGUUCAUCAGCUGGUCAAGGAUUUAUGUUAAAAUAUUACAUAUCAGACUGCAGUCGUGAAAUUACUGAUGAAAAUGGACGUAUUACCAGUCCAAAUUGGCCAUUGGGAACUUACAAGAACUUGCAUGAUUGUUAUUACAACAUAACGGCACCUACAGGCUCCUUUCUUUCCAUCUAUUUCAGUUCUUUUAACCUUGAAUUUCAUGCAAAUUGUGUCUUUGAUUAUUUAGCUGUAUACAACAGCUCCAGCAGUGAACCAGUCAAGCUGUGUGGUACCAGCAUUCCAGAACCGUUUUUCUUUACAGACAACUUGGCUGUCAUCAGGUUCGUCACAGAUUCGUCUGUGACUUUUGCUGGUUUUGAUGCGACUUUUUCAUCUUCUACAGUAUCACAAGGCUGUGGUGGAACGGUUACAGGUGCAAGUGGCAGCUUCACAAGUCCAUUGUACCCACAGGCUUACCCCAGCAAUGUUACUUGUGAGUGGCUUGUUGAAGUACCUGUAGGAGGGGGUACACUUUCACUAUCAUUUUCACAAAUCAACUUACCAGGACCAGAAGGCGUUUGUAACAACGGUGGCGUGGUCGAAAUAUUUGAUGGACGAGAUUCCAGCGCAUCGUUACGAGGACGUUAUUGUGGGCAGACUGUGCCAGCAGACAUAACAGCAGUGGGUAGGAGAGUGUUCGUGCGUUUUGUCAGUGGAGAUCCACCUCAACAAGGUACAGAUGCACCGGCUGCUAAUGGCUUCUCAUUAAGCUUUUCAAGUUGAUUGCAUGAGAUAUAAAUAUUCCUGUUUACAUCAUUUUGAUAGCAGGUGAAAUAUUAACAUAAAUAUCUGGACCAAAAAUAGCGUUAUGUUUGGGAAAAAAAAUCAUGUAU